CCAACUACAACAUCUACAUCACCAACCACAAUACCCACAGCAUCUACAACCACAACAUCUCCAACUACAACAUCGCCAACCACAACAUCUCCAACCACAAUAUCUCCAAUUACAACAUCACCAACGACAACAUCAAAAUCAUCUACAUCCACAACAUUGCCAACCACAACACCCAUUACAUUACCAAUCAACACAUCAACAUCUACAACCACAACAUCGACAACAUCACUAACCACAACAGCCACAGCAUCUCCAACGACAACAUCACUAACCACAACAGCCACAGCAUCUCCAACGAUAACAUUUCCAACCACAACAUCAACAUCGCCAACCACAACAUCUACAACAUCGCCAACCACAACAUUGCCAACCACAAUCUCAACAAAUUCUCCAACUACAUCCUCACCAAUAUCUCCAACUACAACAUCACCAACCACAACAUCAACAUCUACAACCACAACAUUGACAACAUCUCUACCCACAACACCCACAGCAUCUCCAACCACAAAGUCAACAUCUACACCCACAACAUCUACAACAUCACCAACCACAACAUCAAUGUCUACAUCCACAACAUCUCCAACCACAAUACCCACAACAUCCACAACCACAACAUUAACAACAUCGCCAACCACAACAUCGACAACCACAACAUCAACAACUUCUCCAACCACAACAUUUCCAACCACAACAUCAACAACAUCUCCAACCACAACACCCACAUCUCCAACCACAACAUCUCCAACUACAACAUCACCAACAACCACAUCAAAAUCAUCUACACCCACAACAUCGCCAAUCACAACACCCAUAACAUUACCAAUCAAAACAUCAACAUCUACAACCACAACAUUGACAACAUCUCUAACCACGACACCCACAGCAUCUCCAACUAAAACAUUUCCAACCUCAACAUCUACAACCACAACAUCUACAACAUCGCCAACCACAACAUUGCCAACCACGACCUCAACAAAUUCUCUAACUACAACCUCACCAAUAUCUCCAACUACAACAUCUCCAACCACAACAUCUCCAACUACAUUAACAACAUCACUAACCACCACAUCAACAGCAUCUCCUACCACAACACCUCUAACCACAACAACCACAACAUCUCCAACAACAACAAAAACAACAUCACCAACAACACCGCCAACCACAACAUUAACAACAUCUCCAACAACAACAUCUCCAACCACAACAUCUCUAACAACAACAUCACCAACCACAUCAAAAAUAUCUACACCCACAACAUCACCAACCACAACACCCAUAACAUUACCAAUCACAACAUCUACAACCACAACAUCAACAACAUCUCCAACAACACCCACAACAUCUACAACCACAACAACUACAACCACAACAUCUACAACAUCGCCAAACACAACAUUGCCAAUCACAUCCUCAACAAAUUCUCCAACUACAACCUCAUCAAUAUCGCCAAGCUCAACACCCCUAACAUUACCAAUCACAACAUCAACAUCUACAACCACAACAUCUGCAACAUUGCCAACCACAACAUUGCCAACCACGACAUCAACAAAGUCUCCAGCUACGACCGCACCAAUAUCUCCAACUACAUCGCCAACCACAACAUCUACAACAUUGCCAACCACAACAUUGCCACCCACGACAUCAACAAAUUCUCCAACUACAUUGCCAACCACAACAUCAACAACCACAACAUCAACAACUUCUCCAACAACAUCAUUUCCAACCACAACAUCAACAACAUCUCCAACCACAACAUCAACAACCACAACAUCAACAACCACAACAUCUCCAACCACAACAUCUCCGACCACAACAUCAACAACAUCUCUGAUCACAACAUCUACAACCACAACAUCGCCAACCACAUCCUCAACAAAUUCUCCAACUACAACCUCACCAAUAUUGCCAAGCACAACACCCAUAACAUUACCAAUCACAACAUCAACAUCUACAACCACAACAUCUACAACAUCACCAACCACAACAUUGCCAACCACAACAUCAACAAAUUCUCCAACUACGACCGCACCAAUAUCUCCAACUACAUCACCAACCACAACAUCUACAUCUCCGACCACAGCAGCAACAGUAUCACUAACCACAAGAUCUCCAACCACAACACUCACAACAUCUACAACCACAACAUCAACAACUUCUCCAACCACAACAUCGCCAUCAACGACAUUUCCAUCCACAACACCAACAUCUACAACCACAACACCCACAUCUCCAACCACAACAUCACCAACUAGCACAUCAAAAUCAUCUACACCCACAACAUCACCAAUCACAACACCCACAGCAUCUACAACCACAACAUCUCCAACAACAUCAAUAUCCACCACAUCAACAACAUCUCCAACCACAACACCUCUAACCACAACAACCACAACCUCUCCAACCACAACAUCUCCAACAUCUCCAACUACAACAUCACUAACCACCACAUCAACAACAACAUCUACACCCACAACAUCACCAACCACAACGCCCAUAACAUUACCAACCACAACAUCAACAACAUCUCCAACAACAACACCCACAGCAUCUCCAACCACAACAUCUCCAAGCACAACAUCUCUGAUCACAACAUCUACAACCACAACAUUGCCAACCACAUCCUCAACAAAUUCUCCAACUACAACCUUACCAAUAUCGCCAAGCACAACACCCAUAACAUUACCAAUCACAACAUCAUCAUCGACAACCACAACAUCUACAACAUCACCAACCACAUCAUCUACAUCUCCGACCACAGCAUCAACAGUAUCACCAACCACAAGAUCUCCAACCACAACACCCACAACAUCUACAGCCACAACACCAACAACUUCUCCAACCACAACAUCGCCAUCAACAACAUUACCAUCCACAACAUCAACAACAUCUACAACCACAACACCCACAUCAUCUCCAACCACAACAUCAAUAACAUCUCCAACCACAACAUCAACAACUACAAUAUCAACAACGACUCCAACUACAUCACCAACCACCACAUCAACAACAUCUACACCCACAACAUCACUAACCAUAACAUCAUCAAACACAACAUUGCCAACCAUAACAUCAUCAAACACAACAUUUCCAACCACAACACCCACAACCACAACACCCACAACAUCUCCAAACAUAACAUCAACAACAUUUCCAACCACAACACCUCUAACCACAACAUCGACAACAUCUCCAACUACAACAUCACCAACCACAGUAUCUCCAACCACAAUAUCCACAAGAUCAUCUUCCACAACAUCAAUAACAUCUCCAACCAUAACAUCACCAACAUCUCCAUCCUCCACAUCAACUACAUCUACACCCACAACAUCGCCAACCACAUCUCUAACCACAACAUCAACAAUAUCUCCAAACACAACAUCAACAACUUCAAUAAUUUCUCCAACCACAACAUCCACAACAUUUACAACCACAACAUCUCCAACUACAACAUCCACAACAUCGCCAACCACCACAUCCACAACAUCGCCAACCACCACAUCCACAACAUCGCCAACCACAAUAUCAACAACAUCUCCAACCGCAACAUCAACAACGUCUCCAACCAGAACACCCAAAAUCUCUACAAUCACAACAUCACCAACCACAACAUCAACAGCAUCAACAACAUCACCAACUACUCCACUGACAACAUCCCCAAUCACAACACCCACAACAUCACCAACCACAACACCCACAUCCAGAACCACAACAUCUACAACCACCACAUCAACAAUAUCUCCAAACACAUCAACAACAUUACCAACCACAACAUCAACAACAUCUCCAACCACAAUAUCAACAACAUCUCCAAUCACCACACCAACAUCUCCAACGACAACAUUAAUAUCUACAACCACAACAUCUCCAACUACAACAUCACCAACCAUAACAUCAACAUCUCCAACUACAAUGUUCAUUCCAAAGAAUACUCCAACCACCACAACUCCAACUAGCAGUUCAACAACUGUUUCAACAACACCAACAACCAUCUCAUCAACAGUUUUGACACCAACAACCACAGCUACAGUAAUAACUACAACUCCCCCAACGACAUGUUCCUGUAAUGUGAACACAGAACAUCAGACAUUACUGAAUUGCCAUGUGCUGGAUGCACAUGGUUAA